UGAGAACUAAUUGACAGUUUUAAAAAGAUAUUACCAAGUUUAAUGGUUAAGUGAGAAUAUUCAAACUAACGGCCAAGUUUAUUAGACUUUAAAUAAAUAUUCAUCAUGAAUAUGAUUUACGAUGUUAGACACCAAGAAGAUCUAAAAAAGACUCUCUCUUAUCUAUUCUAUGAGUGCAUGACAAAGUACGAUGUGGAUUUUCAAGGGGAUAAUGAAUCGAUUAUUUUACCAACCUCGUUCUUUCUCACUAGCGCCAGUGAUUCCGCUGCCACCUCCGCUAAUAAUAAUGAAUCUAUCACUUUGUUUGCCGGAACUGCUGAAAACUCAACUAAUUUAAACGUGUAUAAUGAAACAUAUUGCCCACUUACAUUCGACGGAUAUCUAUGUUGGCCUCCAACUUUAGGAGGAAAUGUUUUUUCUCAAAAUUGCCCUGAUUUUGUUGAGGGGUUCAAUGCAAAUUUUCUGGCACACAAAACUUGCCUUGAAAAUGGCAGUUGGUAUCAUCAUCCCGAUAGUGGACAGGAGUGGUCAAACUACACCAACUGCAUAGAUUACAAUGAUCUAAAGUUCCGGUCUUUUAUUAAUGAACUUUACGUAAAGGGAUAUGGACUCUCUUUGAUUUCGUUAAUCUUGUCACUGAUGAUAUUUUUAGGAUUCAGGUCACUGCGUUGUACAAGAAUACGCAUCCAUGUGCAUUUGUUUGCAUCUUUAGCCUUGACAUGCAUUGCAUGGAUAGUUUGGUAUAAAAUGGUUGUAGAAAGGCCUCAGGAUAUUCGUGAUAACCCAGAAUGGUGUAUUGCACUUCAUUUGGUUGUGCAUUAUUGUAUGCUUGUGAAUUACUUCUGGAUGUUUUGUGAAGGAUUACAUCUUCAUUUGGUGCUUGUUGUGGUAUUUGUGAAGGACACUGUUGUAAUGCGAUGGUUUAUUUUGUUUGGAUGGCUAUCGCCAUUGCUCGUUCUUAGCGGUUAUGCUGUUGUUCGUUUUUAUCAUCCAACGGAUUCAGCACAUCACUGCUGGAUGUCAGAAAGUGAUAGCAUGUGGAUUCUUACUAUUCCCGUUUGCAUUUCACUGAUGUCGUCUUUUGUGUGUCUCAUCAAUGUGUUAAGAGUGAUUGUUAGAAAGCUUCAUCCAAAGUCAGCUCAACCUGCUCCAUUGGCUAUUCGAAAAGCAGUUCGAGCCACUGUUAUUUUGAUUCCUCUUUUUGGACUUCAACAUUUUCUAAUUCCAUAUCGUCCAGAUAGUGGAACAACACUAGAACGUUUCUAUCAAAUAAUGUCCGUCGUACUUGUGAGUCUACAAGGAUUCGUUGUAUCAUGUUUAUUUUGUUUUGCAAACCAUGAUGUUGCAUUUGCAACAAGGAGUUUCUUGAAUCGCUGGUUUCCGAGUCUUGUAUCUCCUCCACCACCAGGAACAAAUACCGGACAAUUGGCUACAACAACCCCGAGUAGAGAGUUGGGAGUUUAAAGGAGAUAAUGAUUUACUUAUUAUUAUUUU